AUGACGGAGACCGCAGGUUUAUCAACGCAACAGCCCCGCAAACCACGUCCAGAAAAGCGGCAAAAGCGGCCCCAAUUGACACAUUUCCUCUGUCUCCCUCUGAUAAACACCAAAUCGCUGCCGCAGCUGGACGCAUCGCUAGCGGCCUUCAAAACAGCCCAUCUCGCUGCACCUGGGCCAGCUGCUCAAUCGUCCUCCGAGGGCCAAGGGGACACCUUCCGCCUGGGUCUUCCCAGCACAGCCUUUCGUCCACUGGGCACAAUUCACCUUACUCUUGGGGUGAUGAGUCUCACCAAUAAAGAGCGUCUCGACGAAGCUCUUGCAUUUUUCCAAACCCUCGAUCUGGCAGACCUAAUGAACGAGGCGGAGCGAGCCACCGCUCACACGCAGCAGAAAAGCGCCCCUGACCAGUCAUCGCCCUUGACUGUUUCUCUCGAGUCAUUACAUGCUCUGCCACAAGGAAAGUCAGCAACCAUAUUACAUGCUUCCCCGGUCGAUCCUACAGGCCGCUUGCUUCCAUUUUGUAUAAAGCUGCGUGACAAAUUCAUCGAGGCUGGCUUCAUCCAAAAUGAGCCCGACAGAAGACCAGCCAGAAGACAAAAGAAUCCCCGCUUUGUCCAAGACAAUCAUCAGGCCUCUGAAUCCGCUACUGUUUCUAGCGAUGCGUCUUUACACCAACAAGAAAGCCAAAAUUCCUCUGAACCCCAAGAAGUGUCGAAGAACCAGGAACCAUCCAUCAUUGUGAUAACCCGAGAACCAAAACCGCGACCACUCCUCCUGCACGCGACUCUUGUCAACACAAUUUACGUCCACGGUCGACAGGGGCAGAACAAAGAUGCGAAUGGCAAAUAUCCGCCCAAACGCCUUACAUUCGAUGCCCGCAACCUGAUCUCACAAUAUCGUAAUUACUACUCUGAUGACAAUCGAACUAUCCCACACCCAGUACCUGCUCGAUCUUCCGAGGACACAGAAAGUGACAACUGCCGUGCGGAAUCUUCCGCAAUCCCCGAAAGAGACAUUAUUUCCUCCGAGCAUAGGAGCCAUUCGGCCGCUUCUCUCCCACCGUCCCGGGGCUACCCUUUCAUUUGGGCAAAGGAAAUUCCUCUGGAUACUAUCUGCAUCUGCGAGAUGGGCGCCAAGAAAUUAUAUCCUGGUGUCAACGACGAGCAUGGUUUGAAUGAACGCCUCGGCGAGGAAUAUACCGUCGUUGCAGAACGGAGUCUAAAUCCAUGA